GAAUUUGAAAAUUUAUGUUAAAAACAGACUUUCUUUGACUUUAAAGCUUUUCAAAACAAACUUUGUUUCCAAUGAAAAGUCUAAAUCAUCUGAUUUGUGGUGAAAACUAUUCAUUUAAUAACAAUCGAUAACUGAGUUGUGUUAACAUUAUUGUGAUUGUGAUCUCAUUAUAAAAACAUCAAUAAAAGUUUCAAUUGACUGGUAAUCAACAAAAUAUAUUUGUUUUUAUUAAAAAUCAACGAAAUCUCUGUGAUUAUUAAAGAGAUGCCUUCUCUACCAUGUCUUCAAACUCUUCAGCGAGAGUUAGCCGACUCUAUCAUACGGUGCGCUCCUUUGGAUGACAUUAGGAUAUUGUUGGCCUGCGGUGCUAAAGUCAAUGAGCCCGUAACCCAAGGGCUCCGACCUUUACAUUAUGCAACCUAUCAAAAGUAUGUCGAAGCUGUCAAUCUUCUACUUGUUCGCGGCAGUGAUGUCGACGCCAUGGAUGAAGUCGGCUAUACAGCACUACACUUGUGCGCUGAACGUGGAUAUAGUGACCUCAUGCAGAUGCUUAUGGAUCACAGUUGUCGAGUAAAGUUCACAGAACUACAACCCGACGAUAAGGCAUUAGGCAAUCCUCCAAGAGCUACAUUAGCUGAUGAGCCCUUAAGAUUGGCCAUAAAGAAUGGCCACAAAGAGUGCGCUGAAAUAUUGCUGAAGAGUGGCGCCGAUCCUAAUGCCCGCUACUUCUUGGGCUCCGAAAUUAAUCUGAUAUCUCCACUGAACAUCUCAUUCUUGGAAAUGCUUCUUAAGUACGGAGCCUGUCCUGACUCAAGAGACAGAUCUGGUUUAACACCAUUGAUGAAAGCCUGCAGACAUCCACAGGGAUACGCGGCGGCAAAAAUACUGCUUCAUUACGGGGCUGACCCUAACGCCAUGACCUCAGAGCGUCACGAUCACCGAACAGUGCUUCAUUAUGCCGUCCUCAGUGGUAAUAUCGAUAUCGUGCGUCUGCUUCUCCAUCACACGGCUAACGUACGGUUUCCGUCGGAGUUUCAAAAGCCAACACCAUUGGACUUCGCUAUUCUGCGGGGAAACGUUGAAAUGGUUAAACUGUUGAUCAACGCCGGCGCAGAUGUGAAUGUCGGCUCACCCAUCAUAGGACUGCCCCUUCAUAUUGCACUUUCCGAGAAGGUCGAAAACAAAGAAGAAAUCGUGAAAAUUCUGUUGGAGGCCGACGCAGAUCCAAACGCUAUAACCGUCGAUGAAAGAGGUCCUCUAUUGAAACCACCGAUGGGAGAGUAUUUCAACUCAUCGGAAACACCCAAUUGUGAAAUAAUAAGAUUAUUACUCAAAUAUGGGGCACGAAUUAUCAUCAAAGCACAAAUUGCAAAUCCUAUCGGAAUAUUAAAAGUGAUGCACAGGAUCCAUUUAAACAUAAGUCUGGAUAUCAUGAAUUUGGUGUUAGAAAUGGCCGAAUCGUUUAGUAUCGCCUCAAUCAAGAGGUGUUCACUUUUAUCAAAUUCUCAAAGAGAAGUCAUUUUAAAAACAGCUGUAAAUCCGAUUCCACUGAAACACACCGUCCGAAUGGAAGUCAGACGACUACUCGGCAAUUAUGGACACAUUGUCAUCGAGAAGAUAGAUCUGUUGCCUAUACCGGCUCUCAUCAAAAAAUACCUUUUGUAUGAAAUUUAG